AUGUCGACGGGUCGCAGAGGCACAAUGUGCUCGUCAACGAAUAUGUACGACCACUUCACGUCGAUGGUCCGUACCUCGCCGAAAAUCGCGGCAUUGUUCUACGACGAUCGAGAAUUGACCUACGAGGAUCUCGGUCGAGUGACGCAUAAUCUAGCGGACAAAUUAAGCGCUUACGAGAAUAUCUUGAUUUGUCUCCCACCGUCCGACGCUGCCAUAUGUACCAUGCUCGCCGCUUGGAAAUUAGGACGAACUCCCAUACUCAGACACUACACGACCAAGAAAAAAGGCCUCCUAUCGAGCCUCGACGCAAACUCGAUUCUGGUAACGGACGCCUGCACUAUCGAAGGAAGCAACGUGCUCGUCAUCGGAGACAUCAUGGAGUUCAACACAGGCAACGAACACCAGGACAAUCCAAACGGCAUUCCUCUAUCGCUUCUUACCGGAAUCGCUCUCGAUGAUUUCUGUGUCACUCCAAGCGGGUCCACUGUGCCCAUGACCGAUCUCCACAACCGACUCGAGUGGGAAUGGAAACAGUACGCGUUUUCUGCCCAGGACAACGCGCUCACCCUCAAGCCGACCCACGACCUGGACUUCUGGGUCCACGUACUAUCGGCGAUGCUGAAGGGGGCACCUCUAGUUCUGCCUCCGUAUUCGAUCCGAGGGAAUUUCCUCGAGAUCGCCGAUUUCUGCAGCGAGAAGAAAGUCUGUCACUUGUUUGUGAGUCCCGAUGAACUGAGCGACUUGGCGACAUACUUCCGAGUCACGACUCCACUGGCGAAACACAUCUUUCUCAAAAGCAUAAAACGCAUAACCUGUUCCGGUGACACUCUCCCGCUGAGGCUCACCUAUCAGGGCAUCAUGUCUUCGUUUGCGGGAGUCGACACAGAGGUCAUCUUCAUGUUGACAAGCCAAGAGACGACCGAGAUCGCUUGUGUAGGCCUCCCUGAAUCCCAGAAGUGUAUCGCCAUUGACACUUGUCGUGCUGUCGUCGAACGCGGAGAGUUGCAGCUCUUGAGUGACACGAGGACCAUGAAAACCGGACUGGGAGGCAAUGGCAGCGGAGAGAGCGUGUUCUACUCGGACGCGGUUGCCAACUGGACUCCCUUGCAGAAAAUCCAGGACAUCGUGGCGGAUAUCCUAGGACACAAUGAGGUCGCCGUCUUCAGAGACACAUUCCGAGGGGGGUUGAUCUGCUUCUAUCGGCAACAUGAGGUCUACUGGCCAAUCCUCUUCAACAAACUCUACAAAGAGCUCAAACCUGAAGAGAAUCCGAAGCUUUUUCCUAUAGUCGGCGAGAGGCCUUGGACGCCAAGUCAGUACAUCGAGGAUUACAGGGAAAGUGUGCAGAAACUUGGUGAAAUGCCUGUGACAGCGUGCUCAUUCGAGGGCGCUAAAAUGCUUUUCGCUAUGGCGGCACGACUCGUCGACGUAAGCAUCGAUGACUUCGAAGUGGACAAAUCACUCAGCGAGUACGGCGCAACAGUCGAUCAGCUAGCCCUGAUAUCAGAAGACUUCGAAAUGAUGGGCUUCGUCGGUAUGUUCGUUCUUGAUAGAACCCUAUGCAUCUGCGAUAUCAUACGUCAGACGUUGCCCAUCAGGUCUGUCGGUCCCGAAGACCGACAAUUCCUCGUUCGGAUACUCGACGAGUCCGUCGAAAGGGAUGAAUGUGUCGACAUAAUCGCCGACGCCUUCUCGAAGAAAAAUUGGCUUGAUAAAUGCAUCGGAUCCGUAAGCGGAUCGACUCGCUCACAGCACGUCAAAUUGAAUCAUCAGUUAUGGGAAGACAUCGUUCAACAAUGUCUCGGGAAAGUCAUCGUCGAUUACCAGACACAAAAAGUCUUGGCUGUCAUGACAGCGCUUGAUUUUUCGGUGGAAGCUGAGAUUGAAGGUCUUUCCGAUGAAUUCGAAGCAGUUCUUGAACUCCACGAUCAGGUGGAUCGACGACUCCGAGAGGCGUUCAAGGACUCGAAAGUCGCUUAUAUCUUUCAAGUUGCAUCCGAUCUCGAGCUUAGCCGUGAGGAGAACGUCGUCAUAAUGAAACUUCUCACGGACGAAAUCAUAGAGCAAACAGCCGCGGAAAACUCCGGUUUCAACGCGUGCCUCACUCACGCCUCACACGUCUUCACUCAGAUUAUUCUGGAAAACUAUCAAGACUUCAAUCGGGUCGCUAACAUUGAUGUUAAUCGCUUUGAGAUGAGGGGAAAGAAAUAUUUCGACCAAAUCAAAGACGACUUCCAUAUCGUCUCGCUUCUGAAAACAUUCGUUACUCACUGA